AUGUCUGGUAGAGGGAAAGGAGGCAAGGGACUAGGUAAAGGCGGAGCAAAACGGCACCGCAAAGUGCUUCGUGAUAAUAUCCAGGGUAUCACCAAACCAGCAAUCCGCCGCCUGGCUCGCCGUGGCGGUGUCAAGCGGAUCUCGGGUUUGAUCUAUGAGGAGACUCGUGGGGUGCUGAAGGUUUUUCUGGAGAAUGUGAUCAGGGAUGCGGUCACCUACACUGAACACGCCAAGCGCAAGACGGUCACUGCCAUGGAUGUGGUGUACGCUCUGAAACGCCAGGGUCGCGCUGCCUUUACACAGUUCAAAAUACAGACUGGUGUUUCUAAAAUGGCCAGGACCAAGCAGACAGCGCGCAAAUCGACUGGAGGGAAAGCUCCCCGCAAACAGCUGGCUACCAAAGCGGCCCGGAAGAGCGCUCCAGCCACGGGCGGAGUGAAGAAGCCUCAUCGCUACAGACCCGGCACUGUGGCUCUGAGGGAGAUCCGCCGCUACCAGAAAUCCACCGAGCUGCUCAUCCGCAAACUGCCCUUCCAGCGCCUGGUGCGAGAGAUCGCUCAGGACUUCAAGACAGACCUGCGCUUCCAGAGCUCGGCCGUCAUGGCCCUGCAGGAGGCCAGCGAGGCUUACCUGGUGGGGCUCUUUGAGGACACCAACCUGUGCGCCAUCCACGCCAAGCGAGUCACCAUCAUGCCCAAAGACAUCCAGCUGGCCCGCCGCAUCCGCGGGGAACGCGCCUAAAACCCGGCUUCAGCACCAAGUAUAACAACGGCUCUUUUAAGAGCCACUAAAUCGACAAAUGAAAGAGCUGCGAUCUCCUGUUGACCACUCCAACACUUAGAAAUCUCGAAGAUACAAUU